GCCUGCUGACAGAUUCUCGGAGGCAUCGGUGGUGGCGGCGGCCCUGGACUGCGGGGAAUGGGAAUCCUAGGGCCCUGACUGAGCACCGCCCCCGCCUCCCUGCCCCCGACAUGGCUCAGGAGAAGAUGGAACUGGACCUGGAACUGCCUCCGGGUACGGGCGGGAGCUCGGCGGAGGGCGGCGGCGGGGGCCUUAGGAGGUCUAACAGCGCCCCCCUGAUCCACGGCCUCAGUGACACUUCUCCGGUGUUCCAGGCCGAGGCGCCUAGCGCCAGGCGGAACAGCACAACGUUCCCGAGCCGCCACGGCCUGCUGCUGCCGGCCUCCCCCGUCCGCAUGCACAGCAGCCGCUUGCACCAGAUCAAACAGGAGGAAGGCAUGGACUUGAUCAACCGAGAGACGGUCCACGAGCGAGAGGUGCAGACCGCAAUGCAGAUAAGCCACUCCUGGGAGGAAAGUUUCAGCCUGAGUGACAACGAUGUGGAGAAAUCCGCCUCCCCAAAGCGCAUCGAUUUCAUUCCGGUGUCACCAGCACCUUCACCCACCCGGGGAAUUGGAAAGCAGUGUUUUUCGCCAUCCUUGCAAAGUUUUGUGAGUAGCAACGGAUUGCCUCCAAGCCCUAUUCCCAGCCCAACUACUCGAUUUACUACCCGGAGAAGCCAGAGUCCCAUCAACUGCAUUAGACCAAGUGUUCUUGGACCAUUGAAAAGAAAAUGUGAAAUGGAAACUGAGUAUCAGCCAAAGAGAUUUUUCCAGGGCAUCACCAACAUGCUUUCUUCUGACGUUGCACAGCUGUCAGAUCCUGGUGUGUGUGUAUCUUCAGAUACCCUGGAUGGAAACAGCAGCAGUGCCGGGUCUUCUUGUAACUCACCAGCGAAAGUCAGCACUACCACCGACUCUCCUGUGUCACCUGCCCAAGCGGCCUCUCCCUUUAUUCCAGUAGAUGAACUUUCAUCUAAGUGAUUCUCCCAUUCUGAAACUUUCUUUCUUUUUUCUUUUAUUUUUUUUCAAUGGAGAGACAGAAAAUCAAGUUGGAGCAAGCACUGAACUUUGUUGAUUAAUCUGAGUCUAUUUCCUAUUUGACCCUUUUCCCUUUUUUUGGAAUUUCCUGAAAUGUUAUUCUAGAGAACUUCUAUGUCAGGUUCCUGCGGAUGCCCUUGAAUUCAGUGUAGUAAUAUUUUCAGACUUUUUCCCCAAUAAGUGUGUUGAAGCAUACRUUUUACGCUGCUAAUAUGUCUAAAUACAUAUGUUAUCCCUUGAUUUUUUUAAAUAA